CUCGAAUCACAACAUCCGUCCUCUACAACCGKCUGGAAGAUGGUGGCAGUCAAAAUGCGGUCUUGUGUUUUGUCAGUUUUGCUUUUGAACGUUUAUUACACAUUUGUUUCCUCGCUGUACUUUCACAUCGGGGAGACUGAGAAGAAAUGCUUCAUAGAGGAAAUUCCGGAUGAAACGAUGAUCAUCGGAAACUAUCGUACACACUUGUACGACAAGCAGAAAGAGGAGUACCUACCUGCCACACAGGGUCUGGGGAUGUUUGUUGAGGUGAAAGACCCUGAUGAGAAGGUGAUCCUGUCUCGUCAGUACGGCUCAGAGGGAAGAUUCACCUUCACCUCUCACACCCCAGGAGAACAUCGGAUCUGCCUUCACUCCAACUCUUCCAAGUUUGCCCUCUUCGCUGGAGGAAUGCUUAGAGUUCACCUGGACAUCCAAGUGGGAGAGCACACCAAUAACUAUGCAGAGAUUGCAGCCAAAGACAAGCUGACAGAGCUGCAGCUGAGAGUGAGACAGCUGGUGGAGCAGGUGGACCAGAUCCAGAAGGAGCAGAACUAUCAGAGGUACCGUGAGGAGCGCUUCAGGCAGACCAGCGAGAGCACCAACCAGAGGGUUCUGUGGUGGUCCAUCGUUCAGACAUUGAUCCUUGUGGCCAUUGGCUUCUGGCAGAUGAGACACCUCAAAAGUUUCUUUGAGGCCAAGAAAUUAGUGUAAACCUGCACUCUCAUAUUGUUGUUUCUGAGUCCGGGUUGGGGAUCAAAUCAGUAAAUUCAGGAAGUUAACUUAAACACUAUUCUUGAAUUGAAAAUUCCCCCAUUUUGUUUUCUGAGGCAUUUUUCAUUAAUCAAUUUAAUUUGAAUGUACUUCCUGAAUUGAUGUGUAUUGAAUACAACCCUGGUCUGAAUGCAGUAGUUAAACAUCAGUGAGAAUGUGUGUUUACUCCCAGAAGUAUGUGUACAGACGGGUGAGGUUACCGUUCUAUCAGUGAAAACCCAGUAAGUUUUUAUUUUGAGAGGGCUCUGCUUUUGGAUUUUUAAGACCCUUUUGUGACUUUGAUAUUCCCCAUCUCUGUUUCUGUAAGAACACUGUUUGCAAUUGGUUGUAUUUAUGAUCCUCUACUGUAUGCUAUAUGUUUUACAUUUGGCUGGGGGAAAAUGGUAUUGUACUAUCGAUAUCAAACAUGGUUUUGUACUAUUGAUAAUAUCAAACAUUGUUAAAACCRCUUCUGUAUUUUUUUCACCUCAUAAACCCCCUCCCCCGACAUCCCAGAAGAUAUUUCUGUAGCACUGUUUGUGACUAGAAUGCCUGUCAGUCAUAUAACAGGCCGCAUCUCUUCUCUCAGCAUAACAGGUUUGUUUUCAAACUGAUUAGACAUUGUUCUCACUCUACAUGCAUUGUAAUGGGUUUUUUGUUACUGGCUGAGAGAGAGCACCUAUUUUGGUUUAGAGCCAUACAACAGAAAUGGUGACUUGAUUUAUGAAACUUAUUUUUGGUCAUGUGUGCAUACUAAUCUUUACGUUUUUAUUUAGCUUCAAAUGAAUGUACGUUUCAACCCCUGAUGUAUUUAGUUGUUGGCCGUGGUCUGUGUGUUUAGAAACAGAAAGACAUCCAGAAUAUGCAGAUUUUUUAAAUUGAAGAUCUUGAAAAUUGGGAACCUUGUCUUGUUAACCAGUAUCCGUUUUCGCAAAGCACCUCAGAGUAGAUGUGCUGAUCUAGUAUCUGCUACCCCUUGUUAUUCAUUUUGAUUUAAAAGGAGAAACUGAUCCUAGAUCAUCACUUGUACUCUGAGACGCUUUCUGAAUAUGGGCUCUGUCUGUGUUUUAUUUAUAAAGCUGGAAAGUGAGAUAAGAAACAUGACAUUUUGGUUUAAAGGUUGGUGCUAGAGUGUCUGAUGUUAAUAUGGUAGUUUCAUGGAAAACUUUGACAUACCAGCUAUGCAUUUGCUGAAGUACGAAAGCAGUUCACACAGUUUUUCCCUAACUUGCUGAAUAAACUGCCAAAGAUGUUCCCUUAUCACAAUCUACUGGCUUGAUGGUGGUCAAGUGAA